AGCUGAUGGCAAUUAUCAACAUCCGGCGUGUGCCGAUUUAGUUUGUUGAAUGAAUAUUUAGAAAAUUUGUAAAUAUUUUACUUAAAUUUAAAAAGAAAGCUUUAGAAUUUAAAAAUGAACAUUUGAUAAAUCGAAUUCUUGUAUGAUCUGAGAAUAAAACUUGCUUUCUUCUUUCCUCGCAAUACUACGAUCUGUUCAGACACGUUGAAAUUGUGAGACUUAAGGGAUAUCACCUCCGAAACUACAAAAAUGAAGCUAACAGCAGAAAUUCUAGCUUCUUCUGCUAUAAAACGGAAAAAACCAUGGUCUAAACUAGCUUUUGUUGGAGAGAAGAAAGAGAGUAUUGUUCUAUUGGAUAAGCAGAGAGCAAGUAUUCUUUUUCUACCUUCGGGAAAAACAAAAAGAAAGUUACCAAAACUGCAUUCCCAUCUGGAAAAAGCAUUAUGCUAUGGAAUUUCCUCAAACGGUAAAUUUUUAACUUAUCUUCUCGUGGGAGGUGAUAUUCUUAUUUGGCACAAAGAUACUGACUUAUUAAGAUGGAUUACUCCCCCUAAAGAAUCUAUUACAUUCAUUAAGCCAAAAUUAUACAUUUCUAAUGACGCAAGAAAAUUGGUGCUGAUAGAUUACGAUAUCUUAUUCCUAAUACAAGCUUCACCUCAAGAAAAUGUACUAAAUGAAGAGAAAACUGUAUUAUGUUGCAGUUGGACAAAGUUAAAAACUGGUUUAACCAACCUAAUCGAUAAAAACACCAUUUAUAAUAUAUCAUGUUCCUUCUUUUUUUGUAAAAUUAGGGGAGAGUGUUGUUCUAUUAAUUGGACAUAUAAUUCUCAUGAUAUUGUGAAUAUUCAUACAUUUUUUAUAACUUGGCAUCAAUUUUCGGAUAAAAGGGAACAAUAUGAUUAUAAAAUUCAUCAUUUUGAAAGAAAUUUAGAUUAUUUUAAUCUUAAGUUAAAUAGGCAUAGAGGUGCCUAUAUUACAUCUUGUUCGAAAGAUGCUCGUUUCCUAGCAAUUGGAGCUAAUCAAAAGUCAACGAAAGCUACUAAAUUAUUAUUUUAUUGUUGGGAAAAUCAAAUUGUUCACGAGACGGAUUUAUUGAAUUGCGGUAUCGAAAAUAAUCUAGUUGGCCAGGAAUCAUCAAACUUUUGGAUUUGUGAAUUAGAAUGGAAUCAUGAUAAUAUAUAUGUCGUUGGUGCUCUAAAGAAUGGAUCACUGUUUGUUUCUAGUCGAUUUGGACGAUUAAUUAACAUUGAAACAUCUGGUUGCUCUAUAAUUAUGGGACCAAAGCCAUUUUUAGCACUUCAUCCUAGAAUUGCACUAAAAAAUGAAGAAGAUGCCGACAUAAGUAUUGUUUCUAGUGAUCCUCUUCGACAAAAGUAUUCUGUUGCUUGCCAUCCUAGACUACCAAUCAUAUUGUUUUCAGACGGUUAUAUGGCUACUGUCUUACAAUUCUCUUCGAGUUUAACGAACAAAAAUGCGCCAAUUUUAAUGUUGGACUAUCUGUCUCCUCAUCUGACCCAACUUCAAAAAAACAUGAACCACUCAAAUUCAUGGCAAAGCGCGACUAUAAAAAUGCCGAAAAUGGAUGAAAAGUGCGCCUACAAAUUUGAAAUUGAACCAAAAAAUAUGACUGAUGAACAGGCUGGCGGUGGAUAUAGCUUCUUAUUAGAACAAUCGGGAACAGCAGGAGCAAUUAGAUUUCCACAUUUAGAAGAGUUAAACUCCACAAAAUUCUUUAAUGAAGAAGGAUUGUCAUUAAGGGAAAUAGUUGAAAAUAUUAGAAAUAUUUGGAAUUUUUUAUUCAGUUUACCUGGCAUGUGUGAUGGUUUUGAUAAUUGUUUUUCAUGUUUAUCCGACGCUUUAAUGGUUUGCUUAAAAUGUUUGCUAAGUAGAAAAAAAUCUGGCAAGAGAAAGAUGCUAACAAUCUUUAAAGUUUAUAAACAAUUGUUUACAUUUGCUCAAUUGGAUUUCCUAUAUCAAAAUUUUGCUUUAAAUAUCAGAAAUUUUGUAAAUAUCUUCCUUUCUGAGAUUUUGCUUAAAAAUCUUAAUAAUUUUAACGAUAUUGGCAGUGGAAUAAAAAAUUAUAUAUCUCUUUUGUUUUUUACGGAUGCACAAACAAAUAGGAUAUAUGAAAGAAUGCCAAAUUACUCAUUGGAAGAAAAAUCUUCUAGCUACAAAAAAUCUUGGUGGGAAAGCUUGAAUGAAUAUUUUUUACAAAUGAAUAAAGAGUCAUUAAGCAAUGAAGAUGUUCAUCAGAUUAAAAGAAUUUUAAGUAAACAAAUAGAUUCAAGUAGCUUUCAGAUACCAAAAUCGGAUGAAAAUUGUUUAAUUGGUUGUAGCGCUUUGGCUAUGGAUAUUUGGGUUCAAAGUUUACAUUCAGAGGAUAGUUCAGAUGAAAAACGUACUAAAGUCUUACAUUCAAUUCUUUAUACAUUACUCAUUCAGGACGAAUUAAGAGCUGCUGUAGAAUUAGUAGAAUUACUAAUUAGGCAAAAGGAUUUAAAAUUGGCAGCAACCCUUUGUCAGUCGGACGAAUUAAAUCUAGAAGCAUUAAGUAUAGUCUUAAAGCAAAAUGAACAAACAACUCCAAUUGUUUAUAUUGAAAAUGAAGCUGUUCUAAAAGUUUGUUCGUCAUUGGCUCGUUUUAUGGCUGCUUAUUUUACAAAUUCUGAAUUGUAUUUGUAUCCCGCUCAAAAUCCUAAGCCUAUUUCAUCAUUAUUGGCGAAAGGGAAAAGUUCUGAUAGAACUCUGCCUAUGUUUCAUAGCGUUAUCUCUUCUAUAAUAAGAUCAGAAGAAUUAAGUAAUUUAUGGACACCUCACAAAGUUAUCGAUUACAUGCUUUUAUGUGGUAUGAUACCAGAGGCUGUUUGGUUUGCUUCUAAAAUGGGUGAUUGGAAAACGUCAUUUAGCCUUGGAUUCGCUUUAGAAGAAAGAAAAAAGAUAUUAGAGAUAUGUUACGAUAAGCCUAUAUUGAUCCUCCCAGAGUAUCUAACACCGGAGAGCAUUUUAAGAACUCAUGUUACACCUCUUCUGAAUAGGUCGAAAACUGAAAAUAUUUAUGAUAAAAAUGUAGAAUCCGCUUCUCAAAGUUUGGCAUUAACACUAUCCGAUCAUCUAUUAGCCGCAACUCUCUGUCAAGUAGAAUCUGUUGCAUGGGUUCUGAAGAGUUUAUGUCAAGAAAUAGAAAACACCUUAGCGGAAUUAGACUUAAUGGUAGUUGAAGAUUUUUAUCUUCCAGCUCCGCCUCUCUUUAGUCUACAAAGAUUUGAAGAGAAUGAUGAACCUGAGUAUACGUGUUAUAAUACAUCGUCGUCAACUUAUAAAACCGAAGCUGAUCUUAGAGGGAAACUAUCGAAUAUGAUACACUUAUUGAAACUUAUGUUUUCAUCGUCUAAAACAUUUAAACAUUGUUCUGUUUGGUAUUAUCAAAAAAUAUUUAACAAUAUUAAAAAAUUUCCAAAUGUCAAGUAUCCGAUCAAAGCGGAAACGAAUAUAUUGCCAGCUGGAGAACAAAGAUAUCUACAAUUCGAUCAUCUCUUAAAUAAAAAACUUAAAGAUGAGGAAAUAAAGGCAGUCGUGCAAUCUUUUGAGAAAAUGUGCCAGUAUUGUUGGCUUCUACAUUGUAGGGACAUGAUGAAUCUUUUACUUAGGAAAAAACUCAAAUUAUUUAACGAAAUGACUAAUGUUUCAACUGAUAAUAAAGAAUAUAGCAGUCAAAAGUUUGCUUGGAAUUCGCUAAUUCUAGAUUGCCUUUGUUGGUCUGUUCACUUAGCUCAUUUUUCUUCAUUACUAAAUAAUGGGAGUCAAACGGAAGUUUUAAAUGUAAUUCUUUCUCUUAUUCAAGAAUUACCUACGUCAAAAAAUUCUGCUGACCUUCUUAUUCAUUUUAAUAAUCUAUUUGUAAACGCCGAUGCAGAAAUAGAUGAUAGAAUGAAAGAAAUACUUUUGAAAAAUUGGCAAACAUUUAGUCUAAAUAGUAGCUUGACACUAUCCGUCUAUUAUUAUGAACAGCUAUCCAGAUCUACUAAACGUCCAAAGAAUCAAUUUGAAUUCGAACCUGAAUAUCUAACAUUUUUAGAAACAUUAUAUGAAGUUGGUUUUGAAAAAUAUGUAAAAGAAGAUGAACAAAAUGAAAUACCACUUCUUUUAUUCUAUGGAAAACAGCUGGAAGAAAGUGAAUUACAAUCUACUAGUCAUAAAGUAGCAACAAGUUUAUAUAAGAGGCAAAACUUUUGUGAUUCCGCUCCGUCUAGUGCUAGAGAAGCAUCCGAUAGUUCAAAGAGCAGUAAAAGAAGAUCUAGUCUAAAAAUUACACAGGCUGGUCUGUUUAAAUGUCGUAGUCUAAACGAUCUUGUUGCGAAGGAAUGCGCUGAAAUGGAAUUUUCCUCGAUACUUACACAUGGAAAUUUAUAUUCCACCUACGGAAAUAGAGUAUCACCAUUGGACACUCCAAGGUCUGAUAAAAGAGAAAUGGAAAGCGAAAGUUCUAGCGAUGUUUUAACUCAAAAUAUUCUAAGCUAUGCUCAGCUGGAACGCUUUGAAUUUGGGGAUAAAUUUUCCGAUCUUGAAACAAAACUCGAUUGGCUUAUGCGUUGGACUGGAAGAAGUCAUGUUACAUGUGAAGAGAAUAGGUUCUCUGUUCGUUUAAAAGUUCAUCCACGAAUGAUAUUAUAUGCUCUGUGGUUGCUUGAACGGGGAGGCUCGCAAGAGAAUGAAAUUGAACAUAAAGUAAAAGAAGACCCUCUCAUGAAAACUCAGGGAUUUAUUCCGUCAUCAGACUAUCGAACUGUUAUGGCAUAUCCAGUUCACGGAGAACGCAUUCCUAAAUCACCGAGAAAUAAUAAACCCGGUAAAAAGUCUAAAACCAGAAGAACUAGUUCUGCUUCAACUGAUGACGAUUUGACAAGCGUUUCUGCUCUAGAUACUGGCCGUUCUAAUAUAACAGAUUUCCUAGACUCUGAGCGUGACACAUCAAGGAAUCUAACAAAUGAUGAUGUACAAAACUUUAUGACCAAAGAGACAUCUGAAUCAGACGUGAACAGUACGGACAGUGGAAUGAAAGCACCACAAGCAUCAGCAAUAAAGGUAGCUCAAGGCUAUUCUACAGGCCGCUUACCAGUUCGAAAGAAAAGUGUAAACAACGAUAAGGUGACUCGAGAAUUAAGCAAAUUCUUGAUGAUUGAAGAAGAUCCCGAUAAAGUGGAAGUCUUGGAAUCAAACUCACAGAGUACUACAUCGAUGCAAAGCUUGGAUGACGAUAUACCUUUUGGGAGACGAACACAGAAAAUGAAGGUUAUCAAUGAGUUAACUAAUGAUUCCGUGUCAGUUCCGGAAAGUUAUACUCGAGAAUCUGAAACUACUAGUGGUGAGCAAUUAGAAGAUGUAGAAUCUUUUAGGGAGCACAAACAAGAAACAAGCAAAGCAUCUAAUGCCAAUAGUCAAUUUCAAUUUAUCCCAAAUCAGCCUUCAAUUGGUGAAUUAAAAUUUCCUGAUCAACCAAAUAGUUUCCAAAUACGCCCUGAACCUCAAAACCAACAAGUUUAUGAAAAUUCAAAUGCACAACCGCAAUUUGGCAAUUUGCAUAAAUCACAACAUCAAGGUCAUUUUGCUUCCAAUAUGUCACAGCAUCAAGGUCAAUUUACUUCUAAUAUGUCACAGCAUCAAGGUCAAUUUACUUCUAAUAUGCCACAGCAAACAGCUAAUAUAACGGAACAGAUGCAAUAUAUCGUAAGGAAUGAGUUAGCUUCUUUCAUCCACGCUCAGCAACAGAGUUUUAUGCUUAUGUUAAAUGUAAUGCAACCAGGCGCAAAUAAAAGUCCUAUACAAAAGCCUGUUGAACAACAAACUCAGACCGAGAUAGAUAGACCACUGGACGAUAAACCUUUAAGAAUUGAAGAAUUAAAUAGGUCUUCGAAUAGCAAGAGUCAGCCAAAGAUAUCUAUUCGGAGCGCAUUAAGCGAACUUAACGAAUUAAAGGAAAUAAACCAAAAUUUAGCACUUCCACUCCUAUCAAUAUCUAAACAGAGCGAAGCAAAAAAAGAAGAAAAACCAUUUCAAAAUCUAAUGAGUAGAUUAUCAGAAUUUAAUAGAUCAUUUGGACCAAGAGAUCCAAUAUCUUUUUUGAGAAUGCCAGCAGAAAAAGAAUCUGAUGCUUUACCGAAAGUUUGGAGUUCAAGCAUGCCUAGAACUGACGCAAAUGCGACAGAAAUUCAUCCUUAUAAAAAGUUCUCCAUGAGCGGACCGCUUCCUUUGCUUCGCAUCGAAAAAACACCUACAAAAACCUUUACAAAUAUUGAAGAUUCUAGAGGAUUUCUUCGCCUGAUUCCAAUGAACGAGGUAGCUGCUUUUGAAAAUCAUAAGAGAAUGGCUGAAGAUAUGAGAUAUAAUAAUCUUCACGAAAAAGGAAAAAAAGAAUUAUGGAAGAAUUUACAAGCUGAAAAGCAAACAGAAAACACCGCAUUUAGAAUAGAAGAUGUGUUACAAGAAGAGAGAAUGCUCGAAGAUGAAACUAAGAUUAGCAAAGUAAAUAGACAAGAAAAGCUUGUCCAUAAAAAGAGACAAACCUCUCCUCGACAAAAAAUGAUUCCCAUAAUUCAAAUUCAACACGAAGAUAAACAAUCCGAAGAAAUUGGAAGACAGUAUGAAUAUGAAGACGAAGACGAAGAUAUAGAAGAAGAAGAAGAUGAACUAGACGAAGAAGAAAGAGAAACUGAACAGGAUUUAGAAAUGCAACAUACCGGCUAUAGUGAUUCAGAGUUUGAUGAAGAGGGGGAAGCAACAGAUUCUGCUGAACCUUCAUUAGCUUUAGCUUUACCCAAAAAGAUUGAUGAUUAUGGAGAAGAAGAGCUCGAAAAUGCGACUGAAAAACAGGUUCAAACUGAAUACAACUUAGAUCAUGGUUACGCAAUAACUCCUGGCCUAUUCGAUCGUCUAGUAACUGAUGAAGAGCUUGAGAAAGCUGAUUUAACUUAUGCCGAAGCUCAAUAUAGAGCUGCAAUGGAAUUGAAAAAGUCAAAAGAGAUUUCCGGGAAAGGAAUUGUUGCUCCCGAAGUUUUUAUCGAUUUAGAAUUUCGCGAAGAUAAAAAGAAAUUUAUAAAUGUUGUUGACAUAGGAGUUGAUGUUAUAGAAGAAAUCAAUAAAGACUUACCAGUUGUCAGGGAGCAAGAAGUUCAAGUUGAUAAUUUAAAUAAAACUAAAAAGUCUGUGGAAUAUAUUGAAGAUUCACCAAAACAACAUGAUAAAGUUACUGAAAGAGUUUUAGGAGAUUCUUCUGAAAAUGGAAUUUGGAGCAGUGAAAAUGUUGAGAAAUUAUCAAGGCUAAAGACUAAAGAUCAGAUUAAAAGACGACUAAGCCAGAUGGAUGAGAGAAUUCAAGCUAUCAAUGUUAUGUCGAAAAAUAUGGAUCAUGAAUUUGAAAGAAACCGUGAGGUUCUAAAGACUUUAGAUAGAUAUACGGAUGAGUGGGAGCAUCUUGAUAAGAAGCAAGCUGUUAUGGAAGAUGAUGACGAAGAAAUAGAUAGAAAAUUUCAAGAACUUGCUGAUGAAUACGACGAAAGAAGUUCAAAGCUUCAAACAUUAGAAGAAGGAGAGGUUCAUUCCAUAAAAGAUUUAGCUGAAUCUGUUGAGGUUCAAGAGAUUUUGAAAGAGGUCUUUCACGAUGAAGAGCCGGCUUCAGCUAGGUCUGCGGAACCAAAAGUAAUACUUUCUUCAAGAUCUGAUAAAUCGGAGAAGAAAAGGGGAGAGCUACUUGAAUGGAUGAAAGUAAAAAAGAAGGAAAAAGAUAAAAUGUUUCGCGAAAAAAGACAAGAACUUAUUCAGAAUGAAAAACAUCCAUUUAACCGAAAGCAAACUGCAACUCAGCCUAUUCAUAAAGAAGACGAGGAAAUUAAGAAGCAAAGACUGAAUGAAGCGAAAUAUAGAAGAAUAAUGGAGGCCGAUGAACUCAUGGAGAGUUUACUAAGGGAAAAAAUACCGAGAAAAAAGGCUGAAACAUCCGUUACACAAAUCCUACAGGUGACAAAUAAGAGGAAGGACAUUCCUUCAGACAAACCUUCCAAGCAAGAGGGAAGAGAACGAGAGCGUGAGAAACAGCAAGACGAAGAUCCAGAUAGAUUAUCAAUGGAUCAUUAUAUGAAAUCAAUCUAUGAGUAUGAUCCUGUGAAGCAAAGGGCAGUUAAAAGAGUGACAUCUAUUGGAACUUUAAUUUCCGACGAAAAAUUUCAUGAAAAGCUUCGUGAAAAGCGUCAAGAAUUGAUUGUCAGAGAAAAACAAGAAGAUAUUCAACGAAGAAAGCUUGAAAUCGAACGAAGGAGGCAAGAGCGUCUGCGAAUAGCGCGAGAAGCCGAAGAAGAAAGACAAAGACUUGAUCAUUUACAAGAAAGACAAGAAGAGGGUGAAGUAAUACAAAGUUUCGAAGAUUUUUUGAAAAUGCAAGAAUCUGAAAGAAGUAUUCCCAAUUCUGAACGAGACACGACAAGAAACACGAUAACUUUUGCUGAUGAGCCUCGAAGAUAUUCGGCUCCUGUGGGAUCCCAUCAUCAAGUUCAAAAACAGUCAAGAAUUACUAGGAGAGAAGGACCUAGAAUAGUAAAAACAUACACUCAAAGGCUGGCCGAAUUGAGAGUCAGAAGCGAUAAAAAUUCAGGACGAAAUAAAUCUGCAAAAGUUAAAGUUCCAAACAGAACAUAUAGCUCUCUUAAACCGAAAGAACCGCGAAGAAAGCCAGUAAGCUAUGUUGAACAGCUAAAGCAGUUACAGCCACAAAAAGGUGCUCGAAUAUCGUCAAAACCAAGAAAACUUAAAUCUUCAAUUAAAUGUAAGAAACCUCUUCGUCAACCAAUAACAUAUCAAGAUCAACUACAAGCUUUACAAAAGAAUACAAAAACUGUAAGGCAAAGACCAUACGAUUCACCAUACAUUGAUGACCCAGAUAGCGAUCUUAGUCAAUGGAGUGUAAAUUCAGAUAUGAAACGAAUCUUAUACGAUGGAGAUACAAGCGCAAUUUCAAAGACAACUGACAGUUACCAAGAAAGCGCUAGGUUAAAGGAACUAGUAGAAGCAGCAUCUCUAGCAAGCGAUAGUACAGGCUCGAUUAUCGAUUGGGAUCGUAUUCAAAAUAUUUUGAAUGAUGAACAAUUUAGUUAAAAAAGUCUUUUUACAUUUAUCAUUAUUUUCUUUAUUUUAUUCUCUUUUACUUCCGGUUCGUCCAAAAGUAUUAGUUUUAAAUAAAAAUCUUUGUUAAUAAUUUUGAAAA